AUGCAGCUACAAACAAGAGGGCAUACUCUUCUAAAAACCGAACCGAAUAAAGACACCCAUAUUAGCAGAAAUGUAAAUAACGAAUUGGUGUUGAAUGUUCAGGAAAUUUAUAAAAGUAAAUGCAACCAUGAUAAUAAUAAAGUAAUGGCUCAGUCAUAUAUGGCCAAGUUAUGGAACAACUUAGGCUCAUUAGGAUCAAACAAAAUUAUUGACCCCCAAAAUAUAUGUGUUUCCUUAAAGUUGCAAAUUAAUGUAAAAAAUACAGAUCCCGAAAGAAACAAGAACUAUUGCAUAUAUUUUGAUAUUAACCCGUCUGGAAUUAUGUCUAAAAACAAACAAAAAAUAUUUUAUCAGUAUAAGCCGAUUACUGAAAAAAAUGAAGACACUUUUGAAAGUUUAUCAAACGAAGAGAAAGUGAAACAUUUCGCAAAACAAGCAUCACGACUGGCCGGGAAAAUAAUACAACAUAAACAAUCCAAAUAUAAAUUAUUGAAGGUACUUCAGUCAGCUAUAUAUGGAACUGUUUAUUUGUCUGAGAUAAUUGAAGAUGUUAAUAAGAAAUUGAUCAAUACAAAAAAAGCAAUAAAAAUAUUAUCAAAGCAUCUUAUAGAAAUGGCUAAGGAGAGAAUACAAGAGGAUCCAUUGUCUGAGUACUAUUAUAGAGAUAGUAUGAGUGGGCAUAGUAAUAUAUUAAUAUGUGAUAGCAUUUUUGAUGAUGCUGCAUAUAUAUACAUGGUUAUGCCUUUUGCUAUGCAUGGUGAUUUAUUUGAAGUUAUGAAAAAUAGGAAUAAAGCAUUUUCAGAAGAAGAAUCGCGAUAUUUAUUUUAUCAAAUUUUAUUAGCUAUAAAAUUUUUGCAUUCAAAAGAAAUGGCAUUAAGGGACAUAUCAUUAGAAAAUGUGCUUUUAUUUGAAAAUGAAACAAAUGGCCUUAUUUAUCCUGUUUUGAAUGAUCCGGGGCAAGCCCUCCAUUUUAAUGUUAAUAACAAAAAUGAAGUAAUAUUAGAAGAGUAUACAAAAACAUUUGGAAAAAUAUUUAGGCCACCUGAAAUACAUGCAAAAUGCAAAUAUGAUCCAACAAAAGUUGAUGUAUUUUGUGUAGGGUAUAUAUUAUAUUUUUGUCUAACAAAACAGGAGUUAUUUAGAUCGUCUGUAGAAAAGGAUAUAUAUUGGAACAUGCUAGUACAUAAAAACUAUAGAGAAUUAUUAACUGAUAAAAAUGGAAUUCAUUUAUCUAAUGAUGCAGUCGAUUUAAUUUUUCAUUGUUUAGAUCCAAACUUUCAAACAAGAUAUAGUAUUAAUCAGGUUCUAAGUCAUACGUGGUUUAAACGCAAUAUGUACCCAGUUCAUAAUGUUAGUUUAUAUUUGAAUAAUGAUACAAGAUCGGAACAAAAUGGGAAGAAAUCUAUAUUUAAGUUUUCAAUAGAAAUACAUCAAUAUGCCAAAAAAAAUAAUGUGAAAAUAGAUAAAAAUUCAAUCAUGGAAUUUUUUAUUUAUGAGCAUGUUUAUAUGAAACCUGAUUAUAGAACUCCGAUCCAAAAUAAAUGCAAUAAUACGCUUUUGACCUCUUGUUGCACCUUCUACCCUAGCAUUUCUCCUUCUUUUGUAUAUGGAAAUAAAUCCGUUUUUCCUGGAAAUGUGAUACCUAUGAUUCAAGGUAACGCUCCUCAUCCUAGUAAUAACAAUAACACUUAUUUGAUGCCUACACACCAUACAAGAAAUAUUCAUAUAUCAUCUGAUGAUACUAAAAAUUUUGUUAUGAAAACAAACCCAAGUUUUACUGCACCCACAAUGAAAGAAAACAAUAUAAGAAAUAAUAUGAGCAAUUGUGAAAAGGCCCAGCUGAUUAUAAACAGUUUUCACACCAAAGUAUCUUCCAUUAAUAAGAGGUAUAAUAAUAAUGAAAAAAAUUUAAACAACAGAUGGAUAUCUAUAAAUCGAAACGAUAGUGGGAAUAUUUGUACUAGAAAAACUGAUUUAUGUAAGAAAUAUAUUAUCUUCGAUAAUCAGGCUAAGAUAGGAAAGAAAAAUUUUCUACAUAUAAAAAAUAAUUUAACAAAAUCGAAAGAAUUAAUAAAAAAAUGCAGCAAUCUUAGUGAAAAAUCAAAAAUAAAGAUAUUAAAUAGUCACAUAAGAAAUAUUUACAGAUUAAUAGAGCUUAAAAAAAAACGAAACAAAAAUAAUUUUCCCCAAGAAAAAUGUAGAAUUUGUUCAGAAAAAAUAAAGGAAGGUAGUAAUACUAUUAUCACUUCGAUUACUAAUUUGCCUAAUGGGAAUAAAUCAGUUAAAUAUAGAAAUGCUACGAGGGAAAUUUCCCCAAAAGAUGAAAAUAACGAAGGAGAUGUACUGACCACUCCAAUAGUAGAAUCAAUGAAUAAAAAAAGUGAAGUUGUAGCAAAUGAAACCGAAGUAAAAUAUCAAAGCUCAAGUGAAAACAUCAUAACGGCAAUUAGAAAAAACCACGAUAAAACACUACAAUUAAAUAUUCAAAGCAAUGAUAAUGAAAUCAGAUUAUUAAAGUGUGACGAAAAUAUUAUCUCACGUAGUAGGCAGAAACAUUUAGAACCAAACGGCAUACAAUGUAAUAAUAUAUCAUACAUGGAUAAAAUAAUUACCGAAGAUAAUAAUAACAAUGAUAACAUAAUAGGAUUAAGUAAUGAUAUAUAUUCUGAAAAAAUGGAUAAUGAAAAAAGUGAUGCUAGUUUGACAGCUACAGAAAAUAGUUAUAACAAUAUAGAAAUGAAAAAAUCUAAAAGUUUCAUAGAAAGCAAAAAUAAAGUACGGGAUAAUGGCAAUAGUUUUAACCGUAUUAGCAAUAUUCUUAGUGUUCACAAUAGAAGUAGUAAUAUAUGUAGUAUCCAUAAUAUUGUAUGUAAGUAUCGAUGUUGGAAUCGACGCCCCUUCAAUAGCAAUAUUCUCGAUGGUAAUAGCGCUCAAAACUUUGAUUGGGUUACACUUUCAUGUAUCGAAAGCAAUUCAAAUAGCGUGGUUGAAAAAAUAUAUAGCAAUCCAAGUGUUUCACAUACAAAUGUAUUAGAAAAUAACGAGACUUUGGAAACAGACGACUAUAACAAUGAAGAAUAUAAAUACAUAAAAAAAAUAUUCGAAAGUGAGGAGUAUAUAAACGUUAAUAAUUUGGCUUCCUUUUAUGAGAAAAAUUAUUCUACUGAACAAGCAAAUGAAAAAAUUAAAGAAGAAAAAGUAGAUGCAGUAUUUUGUGAGAAAGAUAAAAACUGUUAUGAUGGUAAUAUAUUUCCACUUAUUGAAUUAAAUGAUCCUGUUCACAGAAAAAAUAAUGAUGCUGAUAUUGUCAAUGAGAAAAUUGGAAUGAAAUGCGAAGACAAUAGUAAUAAAUAUACAGACAGUCCAGUUUGCAAUGUAGUAUUUAAUUCAUGUGAUAUUAGCUUAAUGAAUAAUGAACUAAAAGAUGAUGGCAUGCACAAAAUAAUUUCAAAUGAUAAUGAGCAAAAAUGUGGGUAUAUAAAUACAUUAAGUAAUGUUGAAAAUGUUAGGAAAAAUGAAAUGAAAUCAAAAAAUAUAUGCAAUUCUAAAACAGAAGAAAUAUGUAAUUCAACAAAUGAUAGUAAAAAUAAUUCUUCAGAAAACAUAAAAAUUAAAGUGUUAAACAAUAAUAAAAAUUUUCUGAACAAAAUCGGCAUUACAAGGAUGUCUGAGGAAUGUAUUAAUCAUAUAUUAAUACGGGAUAAUGAAAAAAGGGAAUAUAUAGAAGUUGAAGAAGAGGAAAUAGAAAAUUAUAAUCCCCACAAAUUUAUGGAUCAAAUACAUUGCAAACUAGAAAACGAAUUAGAGAAAGAAAUAAAAUGGGAAGAACAUAAUCUGGAAAAUGAAAGUAUCAACAAUUUAGACAGUAGUUUUUUUAUUUUAAUAAAUCCAAACAAAGAUAUAGAAAAAAGUACUACUUUAUUAAAAAAGGAAACAAACAUAUAUAUGGAUAAAUUAGAAAACAGAGAAAUGAUAUAUUUUGGCAAUAGUAAGAAUGAAGAUCCUGAGCAAAGAAUCGUUGUAAGCAAUUUAGUAGACUCUGAAUAUAAAUCUAAAAUAAAUAUAGAAAGAACAAGGGUAGCGAAUGUUGGUGAUAUAUUUUAUAGUGAAGAUAAUGGAAAAAAAGGAAUGACAAAAAUAAAAGAAACCAAAAAUAUAUACUCAAAAGAAAUCAAGAAAAAAAAAAAAAAUGAUUUGGCUAAAAAAAACACAUCGAAGAUAUCUGAAAUAAAGAAAAUCAAUACGAAUGGUGGAAAGGAAAAAAGUAAAAUUAAGAAACUGAUCAAAUAUAUAUUUGAUAAUAAAAUGAAGAAAAAUAAAAAUGUUUUGGGCAAUAAUAAAAUUCAACCUAAAGUGGCAAAUCAAAACAUUGAUGUUACAGACGGCGUAAUAAAAGAUAAAAAAUCUCAAAAUAAGAAAGAUAGCGAAAAUGUGCAAAAAAAUAAAAACAAUGUGGGUUCUAUUUUGAAUGCACCAAGUUAUUCCAAUAAAAAAGGCAUGGGAAAAAAUAAAACUAAAGGUAAUAAUGUAACAGAAAACAAAAUACAAAAGUUUAAAAGACAUAUAUUAGUAGAAUUUGAUCAAAAAUAUGAAAAUAUAGAAAAAACUAAUAGAUAUAUUGAUAAAUUGGAGAAAGAUCGGCGUAAUGAAAUAUAUAAAAACAAUGGGGGUAGAUAUUCUAAAAAACCAAAUAUGAAAAAUUAUAACCAAAAUAAUACUGCUCCUCUCAUUCCGAGUUUUAGAAAAACUAUAGGAACGGUAUUAUCCAAUGACAAAGAUAGCAAAUAUUAUAAUAUUCUUAGAAAAAAUAAAAAUGUAAAUAAUGAUUUACAAGCAGAGAUAUUAAAAAAUAAACAAAAUAUAAAGACUGAAUCAAAUAAAACACAUGAAUUAAAAAAUUCCAAGAGUACAGAAGAUAGUUAUAGAAACACUAGAAACUUUAAAAAUAAAAAAAACUUGAAUAAAGAUAAAAAGAUAAAAUUAACAAAUGUAUCUGGUACAUGUGCAACUGGGGAGUUUGAAACGAAACAAAUAAAAAAACAAGGAAAUGAAAUAUUUAAAACAGAUGCAGAGACUUCCAAUGAAAUGAAAAAUAAUCAUAGACUUUUAGUAAAUAAGAUUAAAAAAAAUAACCAAAAAAAUAGUUUGUGUAAAAAUAGCAUUCCAAAAAAAAAUACAUCAUCUAAAUAUUGGAAUAAAGAUUAUAGAAAAAAUUUAAAACUCAGAAAAUCGGGAAAUUUGAAAAAGCAAAUUGAUGAUAAUUUAUCCAAAAUGUUUUCUAAAAAUGUAUUUCCAAAGGAAGAGAGGCGAAAAGAUGAUGCAAAGAUAUUUAACGGAAAUAAUUCAAUGAUUAAAAGCGGAAAUGAAUAUAAUAAAAAGAUUAAGGCUUUUAGUACAUCUUUAUAUAAUGAUAAUAAAAUAGGAAAUAAGUAUGAAACUGAAAAAAAAAAAAAAAAUACUCUUUUCGAUUGUUUUAAGAAAAUCGAUGAAACAAAAGAAAACACAAAUAACGAAAGUAAAGAAAUAAAUAACCAAAAAAAUGUAUUAAGUUGGGUUACCAAAAAUAAUAAUGCGCUAAUGAAAUGUGAGACAACGAAAGAAAUAGACAAUGUGGUUGAUGAUAAUUUAUGCAUUUCUAAUACUAGGCAUUCCAUGGAUAAUAACAAGGAAAGUAUUAAAAUUGGUCAAAAUAGCACUCUAAAUGAAUUAAAGAAUAUAUUAGGUUCGCUUUAUAAUGAUAUAACAUUUGUUAAUGCGUUAAACUGUUUAAAUACAAAUGGGGGAGAAAAAAAAACAGAGAAAAAAACAGAAAAAAAAUACAAUUUUGAUGAAAAUAUUACAUUAAGUAAAUAUCUAAACAGUCUUAAUGAAGGAUCAAUAAAAUAUAAUAAAGAUCUUAAAAAAAAUACGAUGAUGAGUACAUUUAUUAAUCUAGAAAAUGAAAAAUUGGACAAUAAAUAUAAUUUAGACACAACGAAAAAGGGGACACAAAAAUAUGAUGGAAUUAGCAAGUUGGAAAAAUGGAAAUAUCUAAAAAAAGAGAAUAAUGAAUCUAAUUGUGUAAUAAAAAAAAAAAAUGGAAAUACUAAUUCAAAAAAUGGUGAAAGCAAAAAGUUGAAGAGCAAAAUAUUCGAGAAAUAUCCGCAGGAAAGACAAACUAGCCAAAAUAAAGGAAAACAAAUCUAUCCAUUUCUUAAAAGAAAAAAUGGAAAAAACAUCCAAACAGGUUGUGAAAAUGAUAAAAAAUAUAUCGAAGAAAAAUGCAACAAAAGUUUAAACUCUCUAGAAGAAAGAAAACUAUGUAUUCAAUACUUAAAUAAAAAUUUAAAAAACAAAAUAAAAAAAAUGAAUAAAAAAAAUGUUUUAAAUGAUGGAAUUGUAGAUUAUCGAAUGGCAAAAACGGAAAAAACGGGAAAACGUGUUAAGGAUAAAGAAAUGUUGAGGAAUGAUAAUGGGAAUUGUAUUGUGAGUAUUGGUGAAACAAGUGAAGAAAAUAAGGAUAAAAGAAAUAGAAACUAUCAAAUUCAAAAAAAAGAAAAUCGACAAGGAAAUAUUAUCUCAAAUAAGCAUUGCAAUAGAAAUACUAAAAUAUGUAUGGAUGAUAAUAUUGGAGGAAAUAAAAGAGAAGAUAAUUUCUUAAAUUUGAAUGGGGUUUAUGAAAAUGAUGACAUUGGUUAUUAUUAUUCACAUUUUGAGCAAAUAUUUAAAAAUGAAAAGGGGGAAGAAAUAAAAAGAAGAAAAAUAGAAAAUGAGAAAACAGAUGAGAAAAAUUACUCUGGAUCUCAUUGUAGUGAUAUAAAGGAGUUAGACAAAAAUUUAAAUAAAAAUGGAAUGCGUAUAAACAAGAAUGGGAAUAGAACAACUUUAAACGAAAUGAAUAUAACAAGUGCACUAAAGUCUGUAGAUAAAGAAAAUAUCAAUCCUUAUCGAUAUAUUUUUGGAGGUAUAGAAACUAAACAUGUAGAUAACAACUUUUCGGAGCAUUCUCAAAUUAUUAAAAUGAAUGAAAAACAAAAAAUCGUAAAAAAAAAUUUUAAUGAGAAAGAUUAUAUGCGUAAGCUAAUUCCAGAUAUUAACCAGGAUUGUAACAAUGACAAUAAUAAGGAAAAUAUUAGUAGUGGCGCUUUAAAUAUAGAAAUAUUUAUGAGGAAUUAUGAACCUAACUAUGUUGGUGAAGACUAUGAAAAUACGGGGGAUAGCAGAAAAUACGAUCAUGAGCAUAUUUAUCAUUCAGAGCAAAGGAAAGAAAAACCCAAACAAUGGAACAACGAAAAUGCAACUUCUUCUUAUAAAAAAUCAGAUAAAGAAUUGAAUGAGGAAACAAACAUCAAAAUUAUAAAUAAUCCCAAAGAAAAUAUUUUCGAAGGUUACCAAAAUAAUAAUACAAGAAAUAUUUUUUCUUUAUAUCCAAAUAAAUGGGAACAAUUUUUUGAAAUACAUAAUAUGAGCCAAUGGGAUGAAGCAGAAAAGGAAUUGGGGAAUGAAUCAACAAAUGAAGAAAUAGCAAAGGAAUUAAAUAAUUUAGUUUUAAGACGAAAUAAUCAGGAGAGAUGUAUAGACGAAAAUGUUCCGCAAAUAGCAAAUGAUCAAACAGGGGUUAUAGGGAAUGAUAACUUGGUAACUGGAAUUAGCCAAAGUACAAAUGUCAAUAAAACUAUAAAUAAAUGCAAUCAUGGUGAAAAUGAAACAUAUUUGACUGGGGAUAUCAGUGAGUAUGUAAAAGUCGGAAAUUAUGAAGUAUAUACAGAAUCAACUUUAGGAGAAGAUUUAGAAAAUUCGAUGGGGAAUUCGGUGGAUAUUCCAAAUAGAUCUGAAAUACUUCAAGUUGCUUUUUAUGGAAUACAUGAUAAUAUUCCUAGAAUAAUAAAUGGAAACGAUAUACCAAGAAGGUAUAUAGAUGAUAUUGGUGAUAAUUAUUCUAAAGUUUUAAAUGAAUUGAUAAAUAUCAAUAAUGAUGUACCCAUAAAUGAAAAUGGUUCGUUUAUAGAUAAUCCAUUUAAUUAUGAAAAUCAUAGUAAUGAAAUAAAUAACAAUGAUAAUACAACAAUAAAUGCUUAUAAUACACAUGAAGAAAAUUGUGUAGUAAAUACUAAACAGUGUUAUUACAAUGGAGUAGCUAUAUUUUAG